GUGGUGGUGUUGGUUUCCUGGUUUCUUUUUUCAGCAAAACUUUCAACCCUCGCUACACUAAAUACAUGGACCUCUGCACCUCUUUGGAAUUACAAGAAUAAGUGCAUGGAAAAACACCAUAUCUUGUACGUUAAAGCAAUUAAUAUUUUACGAAACCCCUCUCCCCCAACUCGCCCUUCCCACUCCCCAGUCAUUCCACCCUUUAAAUCCUCUCCACUCAUAUAUAUUUCUUCAUACACCUUGUUUUCAUAUGUGCAGAAAUGGAGAUUUUUCUUUAUGAUUUGUGAGAGAAAAUUUUUAUGUCUGCUCAUUGUCUGUCCACCCCACUAAUAAAAGAAACUCCAGUUCGUGUAUGGGCACCCCUCAUUGUACCAGCAGAGCUUCCGUUUGCAGAGAGAGAGUGUGUUUCCUCGCAGGCGUUUUUGCCGCAUUGUAGGAACGAUCGAGAAAAGGUCAUCAAAUGGACGAUAAGUAUCCAUCUUCAGCUUCUUCGUCAACGUCGAGCACUGCUGUCGUCAAACCAUGCCGACGACGCCACGCGGUGGAGGAUGAGGGCGGAGAUCCGGUGGCGUGCACGGGGAAGUCGUGCCAGUCCUGCACGGCGGGGGUGAUCGCCGACUGCGUAGCAGUGUGCUGCUGCCCUUGCGCGGUAGUGAACAUCUUAGCGCUGGCGUUUUUUAAGCUGCCGUGGGCUGUGGCGCGUAAAUGCCUCGGAGGGUGGAAGAAGAAGAGCCGGCGGGGUAUGCUGGAAGGAAAGAAGGAAUGCAGUAGGUUGAAGGACAGAGGUGGGAUUUCGGAAAAGGGAAGGGUGGAAAACGGGACAUCGGAAAAUGCAUUGUCGUCCCCUGGAGGUAGGAUUGGAGAAGAAGAGCAAAAUGACAAUUUUAGUGCGGAGUUUAGGGCAGAGGAGGUGUGGUUAGAACUGUAUGAGGUUGGCCAUUUGGGUUUUGGUAGGGUUUCUUUUACUGGAGUUCCUUUCCACGACAAGGGCAAUUAAGGGAAUUCCGUCUUUUUUUCCUUUUUUUGCUUUCUUGUCAAGGUAAAAAUUUCUGGAUAUAUUAGAUAUUUCUUCCUUGGGAUCGGAGAGGAGAGUGCCCAACCUUUUAAGUCUAUUUCCCUUUCUAUUUCUAGUUUUUUUUUUCUUUUUUUCUUUUUUGGGCUUAAAGGGGUUAUUAAUAGCUCAUUAUUAAGUACCUAUUUUACCCUUUGGUUGAGAGGUGUCCUGCUUUAAUUUCCCAAGUGCUCAUUCUCUAUAAAUUGUACACUUCAAUUGGGGAAAUUGCACUUUCAAUCCGUUGAGAGUGUUGCAUUUUUUA